ACUCAAGCCAUAAAUCAAACCAGUUUAUUGAGCCAACCAAAACAAAAUUAUCAAUAUCAAACACAGCAGCAGCAGCAGCAGCAAGCGAAACAACAUCAACGACAGCAACAACUGCGGUAUGCACAACAACAACAACAAAGACAAAGAAAACCAAAAGAAUUUCAAAUGGAAGAUGCCUAUUAUGAUGCGCGUGAAAUUAAUGGCUUGAGUGAGCUAACCAUAUCAGAAUAUGGGCAAAAACAAACGCGGUUCAAUAAACAACAACAGCAACAGCGCCAACCACAAUCACAACACCAGCAACAAUCACAGCAGAAUUCUUUGCUGACCACUCAUAAUUUACCAAAAAGUAGUUUUAGAGGCAACAUGAAAUACUCACAAAUUAAUGGCAAUACUUACUCGGAUGGCGGUAAUAAAUAUAGUAACAGCAAUAGCAACAACCAUAAUUAUCAAUAUAAGAGCAAUAGCAGUAAUAGUAAUAAGAAUAAGAAUAACAUCGGCUAUAGUAUAUCAAAUCAAAUUGGUGGUACCAAUGAACGCAGUCGAAAUCAUAGCAACAACAGCAAUAGCCACAGCCACAACAAUAAUGCACAGAGUAAGCAGAGUAGAAAUAAAAGCACAUCAACCAAUGCCAAUAAUCUGGAUAACGAUGAACUUAAAGACUACAAGAGUAAAAUCAAAAACAAAUACAACAUCGACUAUGACCAUUCGCUGGAUGAUGAGUAUGAAAUAAUCGAGGCCAUCGAAUAAAUGUGUCGCUGCAAACGUUAGCUUCGCUAAAUGAUGAACUUGAUGAUCUUGCUUUGACGCUGUGACGAUGUAACGAUGGCUUUGGUGCUGGCAAUUAUUGGCGUGUCGGUAGCAAUUUUCAGCUAUUCAGACCCUUCAUGCUCCCAGUGUUCUCAAUUAGCUUUGUUUGUUAUUUACCUGAGUGGAUAUAGCUGAUAAGUUUUUACUUCGAGUAGUUUUCACACGAAAUUCUUAUU